UAAGAAUUAUAUCAAAAGAUCUAAAAACAAGAUGUGACAAGAAUAUUUUAUUUUAUCAAAGUCAAUAAAAAAUACAAAUCUGUAAAAAUUUCUACAAUUUUUAAAUACUAAAAUAUGUAAAUCAUUUAAUCAUCUUGUACGGGGGAGUGUACUCUGUAGCUUCUUCUUGAAAAAAAAAAGAGGAGUUUUUAAAGGGGACAAUAAAAGAAAAGCAGCAGCAGUAGUCAGUAGUGACUUCCAGUUAGCAUUCCACCGCUGGGAGGAUCGAUUGGAAUGGCGUCGUCAGUGAAAUCCUGGUGUGCUGCACCUCUCAAGUCAAUGCCCUCUCGUUUGGGCGACUUCCGCCACUCUUGCUUUCCCGCUCUUGUUGUUGGCCUCUCAUCCCCUCCCACCAGUCUCCUUCUCAAAGGACGCCGCCCAUUUCCGGCUUCGCAUUUCCCGAUUGUCAGAGCCCAAUCCUCUCCAGAAUACAUCCCAGAGGCAAAAUUUUACAAGGUGGAAGCUAUUCUGAGACCAUGGAGAGUCCAAAAGGUUUCCUCGGCACUUUUGGAAAUGGGAAUCCGUGGUGUCACCAUCUCUGACGUCCGGGGUUUCGGCUCUCAAGGUGGAUUAUCGGAAAGGCAUGCCGGUUCUGAAUUUUCUGAGGACAAGUUUUUGGCAAAAAUCAAAAUGGAGGUUGUCGUUAGCAAAGACCAGGUUGAAGCAGUCAUAGACAAGAUAAUUUCAGAGUCUAGAACUGGCGAGAUUGGAGAUGGGAAAAUUUUCUUGAUUCCUGUUGCAGAUGUGAUAAGAGUGCGCACGGGGGAGAGGGGAGAAAAGGCAGAGAGGAUGAUGGGCGGAAGAGCUGACAUGAUCGGGUUGUCGAGUGCAUGAGGUGGUGGCUGCGGUGUGAAAAGUUACUAUUAGCCAGCAAACAAGGAAAUGCUCGUUAUUAUGUUCUCUAAGAAAACCUGAACUAGUUGGUGUGUGGAAGAUGAUGUAUCUUUGAUUGAAUAACAUUUAUGAUAUUAU